AUGUUAAGUGACUUCGUCUUUGAACCUGUGCAGAAUGAAGAGGACCCGGAGAUGAGGAGGCUUCAUCGUAAACUUCGCAUCCAAAAUGACCGCUACGUUAGUUGGGGUCUUGUGUGGUCGGGCCCGGACCAAUCCGCAGAGGUUGACGAAUCCCUCUCAGAGGCCGGCCUGAGCAAGGUCUUGGGAAGCGUCAUGUUCACCAUCAAAGACAUCAUGGCUGAGGUGAGAACCCUUUGGCGCAGCUGGAGGGAUCGUGUUGCUCUGAGCAGACCAUCGCCGGACAAGAAGGCUGCACUAGUCCAGCGGGACAAGGCUCGGGUUGAGGAUCUUAUCCUCGAUUUAACUGCCUCGAUUGACACCUUGUACAACCUGUCGCACACGAUGUCGUCCGGAUACUCUGCUAGACGCAUGUCCAAGACUACGUAUAAGUCGCUGGGUACCGAUGAAUCCAGGCCAUUCGAGUCGAGCCGCAUGCAGACACCACAGCACAUCGACCCCACGACACUCAUUUCUCAUCCUAAGCCGCGGGAUGCAUCCGCAGCCGCCCCCAGGGAGGUUGUCUCCAUGAACAAGGUUGUAUAUUCUGAAUUAACUCAGGAUGCUACCACCGAAUCACACUGGGUGCCUCUACUUCUAGAAUAUGCCACGUUUGACUCAAUUUACUCGGCGACAGGAAUUAUGCCUUCAAUGUCACGAUUCGAAAAGCUGUCGUCUGGCCUACAGCAAGCUCCCCAACGUCCUCCAGGGACCUGGACGGGUCUACCACGUCUCUUGGGAUACUUUGAAGACUUGGAGAACUCACGAAUCGGCCUUGUAUACAGAUUUCCGCCUUCCUUCCAUGUCUUUACUGAUCCGCUCGAGGAUAUCGCUCUGUAUGUGGAGCGCCUCAAGACCCCCCUGUUAAUGACGCGCCCCCUGUAUAAUCCUCCAACGUUGGACGACCUCCUCUCGUCUCAUGUUGAGCCGCCUUUGGAGUUAAAGUUCAGAUUAGCCUACAACCUUGCCAACACCAUCUUCGACAUGCAUGCCCGAGGUGUUACCCACGGUAACUUGGCUGCUAAAAACAUAUCUUUUGGCAGCGUUAGUGCGGAAGAAGCAAACAAAAUGAGUCGUCUCGUCGACAUUCGCCGACCGCUUGUGUCUUCGUUCGACAUCUUCCCAGAAGACAAGGUUACGUCGGAGUUGUCGCCUUGGAGACAUCCAUUGGAUCCCCACAGCUCGAAAAGCUCCCCCCUCCGCGGGACUACGGAUGAGCGUGUUCCCGAAUUGCACUCACUUGCUAUGGCAUUACUGUCCAUCGGCUUGUGGACCAGGCUCGAGGACUGUAAGACCGCUUUAUGUCCCUGCAUCUCUGACUCUGAGGAAGCUUUAGACCGGGUAGCAAAGAGAUGCGGGACAAUUUACAUGAAGGCGGUCCAAGCUUGCUGGCAUGCAGUUGAUGAUGAGCCAAGUGGAAAACUAGGCGGGGAGGUACUUUUAUCUACGGUACAAACGCAGACUACACGGUUUCUGGAGGCUUGUUGCAUGUUAGACGACGUGAGUGGUCUCGAGCAGAGUGUGUAUCAGGAGGUGCGCCAUACAAUCGCGGCGCAGCAGCGACCUGAAUUUCCCAAAGAUGUAGAAUCACCAUCUGGAUAUCCCACAGACAAGAUACCCCCGUUGCCGCAGUCUGACUCCGGAUUCACAUGCUCUGAACGAAUGCAGCCGCUGGGAGCGGAUGCCGAUGUUAGGGCAGCCUCUCCGACUGCUUCAGCCCUGCGCUCGACUAACAACAUAUUGGCAGAAGUUUCGGGCAAGCAGAAAAUGAGGCUGUACCCUCACGUACCACUUCCACCCGACGUUGUGGAUAAGUGGAACACCAUCCUGAUGCCCCAGAUUAACCAGGCUCUUCGCCACUUUUGUCGAAAGCACCCCGAAUCCGUUGAGAUAUCUUUGGAAUCAGUUGGAACGAGUCCUCAGACCACGCAGCCGACUGUUUUGGUUGUCUGUACUUCGGUGGGAAAAGUUGGCGCAAUCUUGAAGAAACGAAUUGGCGAAUUCUUUGACGACUCAACUGAAUUCGCGCUCAAGGUCUGCCGUGGCCACGUUCUACGGUCCCGACGCUUGUCAAAGUCAGUUUCCCGGUCCCUGGCUGGAGCAAAAACCGCCGACGGAGACGAUGAGGAGGUAGAGGCAGUGAAUUCAGAGUAUCAGGAACACCCGGGAAAUGGAGCUAGCAUUGGAGCAUGGAUCGGCGACCGACACUUGCCGCCAGUUAGUUUCGGCGGCCUCGUCUUGGUCGACGACAAGCCGUAUGGCAUGACGGUCCAUCACAUGCUCGACCGCCCAGACAGGGACGAGACGCAAACGGAAACUCUACGCAGCAGCGCGGCUCCAGGCCACGACUGGUACGCUGAGUUUAUGGGGGGCAGCGGGGACGAUGGAGGUUUUGGGUACGAGUUAUCAGACGCUGGAUCAGAGCCAUACUCGGAAACCGACAUCACCAGCGACUACGGUGACGACGAUGAGGAGGAGGAAGACUUUGAGCCGGGAGAUAUUCCUGGAAUUGAGCCUGGGAGCGGCAGCGGCUACGUGGUGACGCAGCCAGCCCUGGACGACGUCGAGGAGGGCUUCUAUCCUUGUCCUGAAACUGAAGAUGAAGACCAUCUAGACACUUUCAGUCUGGGGGAGGUGUAUGCUUCCAGCGGCAUCCGUCGCACGCAAGCACAAGGCCUCAUCCACGAAGUAGAUUGGGCUCUUUUUGAGUUCUCCGACGACCGUUUCCCUGGGGAAAAUGCCAUGCCUCGUUGUGCCGACGGCAAGGCGAGAUGCGAUCCGAGCGGCAACGGCGCCAAGCUGCGACCGACGACGGUUGCGCCCGCAUCGUCAUUGCCGGGGAUGGAGGUGCAGUGCGUUGCAAGGACGAGCGGCCUUGGAAGCGGACAAAUUCUGCCCGCCCUGACGAGUGUGAAGAUGUACGGUCGACGGUCGGUAAGCCACACAUAUCAGGUUGCGAGCACGGCAACGGACGGCAAAGAAAAGAAUUCCAAGAGGCCAAGCCCGCCGAUGGGCAUUCCCGGCGACAGCGGAGCUUGGGUGGUGGACCGUCGCCACGGUCAGGUGUGCGGCCACGUGUUGGCUUGGAGCCAGCGGAAGCGAGUUGCCUACAUUUGCCCAAUGGAUGUGCUCUUGCUCGACGUGGCGCAGACGCUCGAGGCAUGCGAGGUCCGUCUUCCGGGGGGCGAGCCUGUGGUGACGCGCAGAGACGCCAGCCAGGGCGAGGACGAGGACGAACCAGGAGACUUGGUCGAGUACGAAGGCGAUGAGGCACCGGAGCUUGCGCCCACUCCACCGAGCGCCAGGCAGCGAAACGCGGAAAGCUCGCCCACAUCAGUCGGGACUCCAAGCAAUCAAGAACCGUCAUGUAGUGCGCGGCGACUGGAGCCGUCUACUGAACUACGGGGACUGGCAAGUCGGCUAGAGCAGCUCCGUCCUGCGAGGACGCGGAGGAUAGGGAUGAGCGGGUGA